AUGAUAGAUAUAUUUGAUAUGGAAGAUGAAGUUUCUACAUUAACUUCUCAACUUCAUACUAAAAUAGUUAUUAGCCCUGCCCCAUCAUCUUCUACACAAGAAUUAAAUUAUAAAUUAAUUGAUGCCAUCGAUGAAGAAACUAUAGCUAAUGAAAAAGAAAAAGAAGAAGAAGAGGAUGAUGAUUAUGAUGAUGAAGAUGAUGACUAUUUACCACAAGGGUAUCAACCACAAAUAUCUUCUAGACCUAUAAAAAUCAAUAAUAACAGUAAUAGACAACGAAGGAAAUCAUCAAUAGUUUCAUCAUACGAAGUCAAUAUUACAAAUUCUUAUGUUUCUUCAUCAUUAAUAAUUGAUAGAUCACCAGGAAUUGUUUCUAGUGGAGGAGGAGAAGGAGGAGGAGGAGAGAGUAACAAUAAUAGCAAAUUUGUGUCUAGUGUUAUUUCCCCACCUAGAUUAUCUGAUUUUGAACCAAUUAAAGUAUUAGGGAAAGGAUCAUAUGGGAAAGUUUUAUUAGUGAGACAAGUAUCUACUGGUAGAUUAUUUGCUCAAAAACAAUUGAAAAAAGCUUCAUUGAUAAUCAAUCAACAAGAACAAGAAACAGAUGAUGAUGAUGAGGAGGAGGAGGUGGUGGUGGCUGGUGUCAAAAUCCAUGAAAAAAAUUAUCAACGAACAUUAAAUGAAAAACAAAUAUUAGAAUUAGUUAAUCAUCCAAAUAUAGUUAAAUUAUUUUAUGCUUUCCAAGAUAAUAAUAAAUUAUAUUUAAUAUUAGAAUAUUUACAAGGUGGAGAAUUAUUUCAUCAUUUAGCCAUGGAAAAAUUCAUGAGUGAAAAAGAUUCAAGUUAUUAUAUUGCACAAAUGUUAUUAGGUAUAAGAUAUCUUCAUUUGAAAUUAAAAGUGAUUUAUCGAGAUUUAAAACCAGAAAAUUGUUUAUUAAAUUCAUUUGGUAAUUUAGUAUUAACUGAUUUUGGUUUAAGUAAAAUAGCUGCAGACAACGAAGAUGGAACCACCAAGAAUCAUUCUAUAACGGGGACAGUACAAUAUAUGGCACCAGAAAUUUUACAAGGUGAUCCAUAUGAUUUUGCCGUUGAUUAUUGGUCAUUAGGUUGUGUUGCCUUUGAUCUUUUAACUGGUUCACCUCCAUUUACGGGAACUAAUCCUAAAAAAAUAUUGGAAAAAAUGAAAUCAAUUAAAAAAAAUCUUAAAUUCCCAUUUUAUUUAAGUUUAGAUGCUAAAGAUUUUUUAAGAAAAUUAUUACAAGUAAAUCCAGAGAAAAGAAUUAAUCUUGAUGAUGAAGAAAUAUUCCAAAAAUUCAAACAACAUAGAUUUUUCCGUUAUAUUGAUUGGAAUCAUCUAGAGAAUUUACACCACCACCAAGAAGGAGAAGAAGGUGCAGAAGAAUUAUCAUUUCCAAAGGCAACAAAAAAUGGUCAACAACAAAAAAUGUAUAUGCCACCAAUAUUACCAGUUAUUACUGAUCCAAUAUUAGCAGAAAAUUUUGAUUCUGAAUUCACAGAAAUGGAUUUCACUCCUCCACUACCACCACCACCACCUCCUCCUCCUCCUCCAAUAAUUAUAUCACAACUUCAACAACAAACACGAUUAUCUUCCAGUGGUAAUAAUACUUCUGAUAUUCUAAAUAUUCAAGGAUUCUCUUAUACAAAUCCUAAAUUUAUUGAUUAUUCAUUACAUAAUAAAUAA